CAACAUAUAAAUCAUAGUUCAUCUAGUUAACUCAUACCCAAAAAGUGUUUUAGAUCUUGCAAGCCCAAAACCGUAGUUGAAGUUGUGGCUUUUUGUAUGAUUGUGGUUGUGUUUUUGGCGAAAAAUGUAGAGGUGAACAAGGUGCAGUGAAAAAAAUAUUUCAAGGAGCAGGAAAUUUUUUUAGCCUAGUUGUGGGGAAGUGGAUUGGGUGAUUGGCACAUGAAAAGGGUAUGUGAUCGAUCCUCUCUUCCGCCACAAGGCCUUGUUUGAGUAGCACAUAUUCAGACGGCUCAAGAUAGGGUGCAUAACCAUGGGUUAUGCAUCCAUCAAUAAUCAAAUCUAGACCAUUCAUUUAGAAAAUCCAGAUCUAAGGAUGGAGAAUUAAAGAUCAUUUUUAUUUUCUCUAGCUUUCUUAAUCGGCUCAUAUCUUUUUCGUUUUAACUCGGAUUUUAAUUUUUUUUGCACAGGUGGAACGAGUUCAUCGUGCUCUACAAAAUGAGAUCAAUUUUCAAUAUUUUUUUAGAACAAAAAAUUCUGGCUUCUCGGUACCAACUGCAUACCAUAUGGUAUUUUCGUCAUUUUUAAUUCGUUUUUGAAAACGUUUGCACAGAAGGUACGAGUUCAUCAUGAUCUAUUGGAUCUACAAAUUUUUGGGUGAAAAAUUACAGGACCAAAAAAUAUCACACAAUACCAUACAAUACCACUAUGGUACGGGGUGGUAUUGUAUGGUAUCUUCUUCGUUUUUAAUUCGUUUUUGAAAACGUUUGCACAGAAGGGACGAGUUCAUCAUGAUCUAUUGGAUUUACAAAUUUAUGGGUGAACAAAUUACAGGACCAAAAAAUACCACACAAUACCAUACAAUACCACCCUGAUACGGGGUGGUAUCUUGUGGUAUACAAUGUUAAAAGUCGUAAAUGACAAUUAAUAUAUUUCUACUAUCAUGUAUUCAACCAUCCUACAGUCUUGGUUUGUUCAUACCACCAUGAUACUUUUUUCAAACCAUAGGUAUGCUUUUAUUUCAAUACCAGUCAAUACCAUAUGGUAUAGAAUGGUAAAAAAUGGCUCAAUUUUUUUGUUCGAAAAAUAUAUUAAAGUGGAUAUCAUUUUGAAGAGCACAAUUAAUCUGAUCUAACUGUGCAAAAAAAAAUUAAAUUUCGACUUAAAAUGAGCGAGAAAUCGUCUGUCAAAGAUUAAAGACGGGAAAAUUAAAGGCUUUCCAGGAGAUAGAAGAUGCCGAUAUCAUGCUGAUGUGGACGGGUUACACACGGUUACUCACCACACGGUUACUCACCGGAUCUGCUCCCUAUUCAGACAUAAGUCUCAUAGACACAUCAACUGGCAGAAUCUGCCGAACGGAUGGGCAAGGUCUUCCCAUCGCCCUAGUGAUUCAGACCGACUCUGCGGCUGCCAUUUCGCUAAUACAAGCGGAUCCCUCGAGUCACCCACAUCGUAUUCGUAUGCUAUUGGCGUCCAUUCGACGAUUUCUGGCCUUGGAUUGGGAGAUUACCAUGGGACAUGUUUUUCGGGAGGGCAAUGUUGUUGUCGAUUACCUGGCUUUCAGGGGUCAUUAGCUUUCUGUUGGCUUGUUUGUGAUUGAUACUCUAGACUCGUGCUUGGAUUAUUGGUUGUACUACGAUACUAUUGGGGUUCAAACCCCACGUAUGGUUAUUAAUUAAGGGUUGGGGCGCGCCCCUUAGCGCUUCGUUUCCUACACACAAAAAAUGAGUGAACUACAUGUCCUAAUAUAUCGAGAUUGGUCUCAUAAAAUAUUUUUCUAAAAAUUUAAGAACGGUUUAUUAAGAAAAUCCUAGAAAAUAAUCUUUAUAAUUAGUUAAGGGUAAAACACUUUCCGCAACGUGUGGACAAAAGACCCCAUCCGUAGAGAAAACCCUUUCGUGUGAACUCGCAAAUCGCAAUUUACCUACCACCGAUGUGAAUAUGUGCAAGUAGGAGUAUUCAAACGGAGUGGUUAUCACUUAUCAUGGUAUCAUUUUAAUCAAUGGGUAUUCCGAUAAUUUAGUUCGGUUAAUUUGGAUAAUUAAUUUGAUUUAGUUUAAAAAACAUUAGCGUGUUUGGUUUGAGACAUUGAUAACCAAUUAGACAAUUAGGCAUAUAUCUAACAUAUUAUAUAUAUAUAUCCCAUCCUUAAGUACUUUGCUAAUGUGAAUUACAAAGUCAUUGUGAUUUGGAGAAAAUGGUCGACUGCUUACUACAAAUAGUCGAUCGCUCCUUGCAAACCGCAAAUCGCAAUUUACCUACCACCGAUGUGAAUAUGUGCAAGUAGGAGUAUUCAAACGGAGUGGUUAUCACUUAUCAUGGUAUCAUUUUAACCAAUGGGUAUUCCGAUAAUUUAGUUCGGUUAAUUUGGAUAAUUAAUUUGAUUUAGUUUAAAAAACAUUUGCGUGUUUGGUUUGAGACAUUGAUAACCAAUUAGACAAUUAGGCAUAUAUCUAACAUAUUAUAUAUAUAUAUAUAUCCCAUCCUUAAGUACUUUGCUAAUGUGAAUUACAAAGUCAUUGUGACUUGGAGAAAAUGGUCGACUGCUUACUACAAAUAGUCGAUCGCUCCUGCAAACGAUAAACCGAAUGGAUCAUUGCUAGUGCUAUCAACAUACUUGGUUACAUAUGUCAAAUUUUUAUAAAUAUAAACGUGAUGUUGGUUUACUGUUGCCUUAAUAAUUGCAUUUUGAUACUCCAAAUUUAAUUAAAUCACAACUUAGUCACUAUAAUGUACAUUUUACAUUUUGAUGCCCCAAAUUGAAUUUUAAUGUAAAAUCAUUGAACAAUUAUGUUUUAUUAUCUUAAUUUUAUGAGUUUUCGUACCUACAAUUUUUUAAAUUUACAUAUUGGUCGAAUGUUUAGAUUCACUUGAAUCCGUGAAUCCAGUCCACCAUAACAUCAAAAUAUAUAUAAAGCGUGGAGUUGGUUUACUGUUGCCUAAAUAAUUGCAUUUUGAUACUCCAAAUUUAAUUAAAUCACAACUUAGUCACUAUAACGUACAUUUUACAUUUUGAUGCCCCAAAUUUAAUUUUAGUGUAAUAUCAUUGAACAAUUAUGUUUUGUAAUCUUAUUUUUAUGAGCUUCGUACCUACAAUUUUUUAAAUUUUCAUAUUGGUCGAAUGUUUAGAUUCACUUGAAUCCAUGAAUCCAAUCCACCAUAACAUCAAAAUAUAAAUUUAGUUUGUACCAUGCAAGAUGUUGUAUCACUCAACUGUAGGAGAAGAUUCGAGGUCUUCCAUGAGAUUUUUACUUCAAAAAAUAUGUAUGUUAUCCAUUUGAAAUAAUAAUUACCAUAUUUAAAAAAAACAUUCUAUUCGGUGACAUGACAACAUACUUAGUAAAAUAUAAUACGAGUACAUUGAGAUAUUGAUCUGUAUGAAGUUUUUGUAUGACAUUUUAAUAGAACAAUGUUUAAAAAAAUCAGCAGUAAUAAAAAUAAUAAUUUAAA